GCAUUUUGCGGUCGACUCGAGGGAUUGACGGAAGCAGCGCGCGGCGAUGGACAUCCAAACGCUCCACAAUAUUCUGCUCCACACGUUUGCCGUGGACGCAGAGGCGCGCAAGGCAGCUGAAGCCGCGCUCCAGAAUUUGCACACCGUGCGUGGGUCGAUUGUGCUGCUUAUGCAGUUGAUUUCGAACGUCGACGUGCAGAAGGAAAUCCGACAAGCGGCCGGUAUCCAGCUCAAAAACAUCGUGUCCAAGCACUGGGAAGGUGAAACCCAGCCCGAUCGCUCUGUCGUGUGUGUGUUCACGUUCGAGGACAAGUUGGAGUACCGCAAGUAUAUCAUGGAAGGUUUGCUUACAACGGGUGUCGACGAUCGAUCGAUCCGGUCGUUGCUCGCCGAAGCGGUCAAUCAAAUUGCGCGCAUUGAUUUUCCGUUCAAAUGGCCCGGUCUCGUCGAAGAAAUCACAACCAACAUCCAGUCGGGGGACCCCACGCGCAUCUGCAACUCGUUGCUAGUCCUGCGUCGCUUGUGCAAGAACUACGAAUACCGCAACGAAGAGAACCGUGCGGAUCUGAACACGAUUGUCGGCGUGACAUUCCCGCUCCUCCUCACGAUGCUCGAAUCUCUCGUGAACAACAACUCGCUGGAAGGCGCGCGCAUGAUUCACUUGAUAUGCAAGAUCUUUUGGUCAUGUGUGCAAGUGUCGUUGCCGCCAUACGUUGCCAACAUCCAACGCAUGUCGUCGUGGAUGGAAAUCUUCCGUCAAAUCCUUGCCAAGCGACUUCCGGAAGCGUCGGAAGGCGUCGAGCCCCUCCACCAGCCCACGGUUGUUGAAGAGCGAGAAAAGUGGCCGUGGUGGAAGGUCAAGAAGUGGAUUUUGCAGGUCGUUACGCGCUUCUACAUGCGAUGGGGGAAUCCAAAGAGCGCGGCACCCGAAAACGCUGACAUGGCCAAACACUACCGUUCGCACGUGAACCCACCGAUGCUCGCGACGAUCCUGGAAACACUCGCCCUGCGCAAGCAAGGCCAAUUUUGCACGGAUCGCGUCGUCCAGCUCAGUUUAACAUACAUCAACGAAGCCGUCAAGUCGUCCCAGGCGUACAAGCAACUCAAACCGCAUUUGCACUUUUUGCUGUUUGAAGUUGUGCACCCGACGUUGUGCCUGACGCCUGCCGAUCUCCAGCUGUGGGCUGAAGACCCCCAUGAGUUUGUCCGCAAGACCCAUGACUUCAUGGAAGGGUACUUGAGCCCGGUCAAUGCGGCGCAAGAAGUGCUCAAUGGGUUGUGCACGCUCCGCGGGAAGGACUGCUUGUCCAACGUGUUGAUGUUUUACAACCAAAUCUUGACGACGUAUUUGAACUCGCCGAUUGAAGCGCGGGAUGUGAUCCAAAAGGAAGCUGCGCUCCACGGACUGUCGGCGCUUCAGGGCUUGCUCGUCAAGUCCAAGGCGCACAAACCCCAAAUCGAAUCGCUCUUGCAAGCCCACGUCUUGCCCGAGUUUCACAACGCGAACGGGUUUCUCCGUCUGCGGGCGUGCAAGAUGUUCACUGGGGACUUCAUGACAGACAUUGUGUUCUCCGACGCCACGAUCACCGAGCUGGCCAACAGCAUGAUGAAGAGCAUGGCCGACUCGGAGCUCCCCGUGCGCAUCGAAGCGGCCAAGGCCUUGCGCCACAUCGUCAUGUACGAGCACUCGAAUGCCGUGCUGGACGCGAUGCGCCCCGUAUUGCCCCAGAUCAUGGAGCAGUACUUUAAGCUCAUGGACGAAAUCGGAAACGACGAAGUCGUGAUUGCCCUCGAGCACAUCAUCGACCAAUUCGCAGAAGAAAUCGGGCCGUACGCCGUACAGCUCAUCGAGAAGCUCGUCGACUGCUUCAAUCAGUUUGCCAAGGAAGGCGACGAAGACGACGAUGCGUGCAUGACUGCUGCGUCGUGCCUCGACACGGUCAACACGAUCCUGUACUCGAUCCACAACCAACCCGAGUACUACCCGCUGUUCCUGGAUUCGCUCGUUCCCGCGCUCACGAUGAUCUUGAGCAGCGACGACUACACGGAAUACCUUGAAAGCGCCCUGGACGUGCUGGUGACCCUUACCUUUUACAGCAAGUCGAUUGCGCCGUCGCUCUGGUCGCUGUUUCCGCUCCUUUUCACGGCCUACCAGUCGUGGGCAGAAGACUACACGUCCAACUUUGUGUCGGUGAUCGAUAACUACAUUGGCAUGGAUGUGGCGUCGUUCUUGGCCGGCGGCAUCGUCUCAACCACGGACGGGUCGCGCGUGUCGUACUUGGAGAUGGUGUUCCAAAUGGCCGCUGGCAUCUUCAAGCGCGGCGACGACCAGGACGACGACGACGACCGGAGCGCCGAUUUGAUCGGGGCAUGCAAACUACUCUACUCGCUGUUGCACAACUGCAUCCGCCACGACAUCAACGUGUGCGUGCCCAUGAUUGUUCAAAUCACGUGCUUGAAGCUGUCCCGGUCGCUCAAGCAAAAGGUCGUGACCGCGCUGUUUGGCGUGAUUGCGUCGGCUCUCCACUACAACCCGAUCUUGACCCUGACCACGAUGGAAGGUUUCCACGCGACGGAACCGCUGGUCAAGGCAUGGCUGUCGCACCUGCCCCACCUCAAAAAGUACUUGGAUCAAAAGAUGUUUGUCCUCGGGAUCACGGCCGUCUUGAAGCUGCCGCUUGCGGAAUUGCCCGCGUCGCUGCAGCCACACUUGCAUGCGUUGUUGGUCGGCGUCGUCGACAAGCUGCGUGACAUUCAAACGAACGAACACGACGACGACGGCAGCGACAACGACGAACGCGACGAUGGGUUGGACGAAGAUGAAGUCGAACAGCUCGUCGAUCGUGGCGGGUAUGCGUCGGACGAAGAUGCAGAAGCGCUGCAAGACGCCGAAACCGCCGCGUUCCUGCGGGAAAUGACGCGGCGCGCCGGAGACGACGACGAUGACGAAGGGUACUUUUUUAACAUGGGCGACGAAGAAGAAUUCACGAGUGAGCUGGACAACAUUGACGAGUUCGCCGUGUUCUUGGAGACCGCGCAGCACAUGCUGACGACCAACCCACAGGCGUGCCAUGCACUCCAGAUGGACACGGACGAAUUCAAAGUGUCUUGCGAGCACUUUGCCGCUGAAGUCCAGCGCCGACUGCACGAAGCUGCCGAGGACGCCACCGCCCAAGCGUCGGGCGGCAACCAAUAAAUCCAUGCGACUGUCGUUCCCACCGUGUGUGACUGUAGAGUAGUAGGUUGAACAGCGAGCUUUUGUCGACGAAAGAUUGCAGAACGCGUU